AUUGUAUAAAACAAAAAAUAAAAAAAAAUAAAAAAAAAUAAAUGACUUUACUUUUCGACACAGUCGAUGCAACGAACGGGGUAAAAGGUAAAAAUUACUUUCGCGAGGUCAUCGACAAGCUGGACGAAAUCAAAGCCAUGCCAUUCAUCGGCGACAUCGUCGGUCCGUACGUGGCUAUAGCAAGAAGCGCCAUAACAAACGUGAAUAAUUUGACCGACGGAAGCUUCGGGGCCAUUUUCAACAGCAUCAUGCCUUGCAACAUCAGCAAUUUGAGCAUCAGGUGCGAGGGUACCCUGGACAAGGACAGUGCCCGCCAACUCGCCAAAAAACUGCUGAGCAGCAUACCCCUCGGAGUACUGCCCAGCUCGAUGGCCUCCAUCAUCAAAUUGGCCACUAACGUCGUUUGACACUAGUUAUUAUAUAUUAAUAAUACAAUGUUAUUUCAUGACCACUUUGUGACGUUAAACCACACGUUGUUUCUCCAGCUUGUAUCGUAACGAUAAUAAAUUUCAAUUAUAUAUGAAUAAAGAAAUACAAUGUUAAUUUA